CUGAAGCCAUCAGAUAGUUGGAGACGUUGAAAAUGUCGGUAAACACUGUGAGAGAAAAUGACACUAAAUGUAAAGUCAUGACAGGCCUGUCAUGGACAGUAUUUGACACUCUUCAUCAGUACCUGGUACAGUUUGUUAAGUCACAGAAAACAUCCAAGAUGUCAACACAAGACCAGCUCUUUAUUACUCUGGUGAAACUGCGGCAGAACCACUCAACCGAUAUGAUGUGUGGAAUAUUUGACCUGGCACAUAGAUAUAGCACUUUCCUGGAUGUAUUCUCCCGAUGGUUGGAUUUGAUGUACGCCAACAUUUCUUUUUUGAUUAAAUGGCCUGAUAGAGAGUGUAUCAGAAGCACAGUACCAGCAGAGGUUCUCUUCCAGUACCCUAGAGUGACUGCAAUUAUCGACUGCUUUGAGAUCAGAAUUGAACACUCAAAGAAGCUGAAAACAAGAGCUAUCACCUACUCAAAAUACAAAAACUGGAUAACAGUGAAGUAUUUCAUUGCAUGUCACCCAUCUGGCUCAUUCACAUAUCUCUCCAAAGGCUGGGGAGGGAGGGCUUCAGAUGUGCAUAUUGUAAGGAACUCAGACUUCUUAUCUCAGAAGUUCCACCAUGCAGGAGAUCAGAUUUUAGCCGACAGGGGCUUCACUUUGAAGGAUGACUUUGCUGUUCUGGGUGCACAGCUCAUCACACCGUCUUUCACGAGGGGCCGAAAACAACUGUCAGCCGAAGAUGUUGCAAAUUCUCGUGUGACUUCGAACAUCAGAAUUCACAUAUAGAGUCAGCAGUCAGAU